AUGUCAACCAGACAAAAACAUUCACUUCGUAAUAAAGCUUUAUUUAUUGAUCAUAAUAAACAUAAAAAUGCAUUUCGGGAUACUUUUGUUAAAUCUAUAAAUUAUCCUUAUACAAGACAUCAAUUGAAACAAUUGGAGGAAAUGUCUGCAGAGUUUUUAUUAUCCUUGUUUAUUGACAUUCAAAAUAAAUGUGGUCAAAGUAAUUUAAAUUUUUCAAAAUGGCAUCAUAAAUGCUUUUUAGCAGCAUUCAAUGAAGAGGUUAAUAUUAAAUGGUUGCCAAUUGAAUAUCAUGUUUUGAAAAAACCAUCCAAAACUAAAUUUUGUGAUGCAACAAAAUGCAAAUUCAAAUCAUUUGAACCUGGCAAG